UUUAAUUUGACUCUCAUUCACACAUUCACACAGUCUUUGAAACUAAAAUAUCAAUAACUAUGAUGACCAAAAUUAUACAAUAAGGAUACGAGGUGCAACUGAAGGGAACAAGCAAAUGCAAACAUGAAAUAUAGCAAAAAAUAUGUUUAAAAAAGAAAUGUUUCUCUCCCCUGUAUCUCUUACAGUUCAGCCUGCAAAAGGUAUGCAGAGACCGAUACUGAGGGAUACAAUGAAAUUCAACAGAAGUAUCUAGAGCUGAUUUUGUCUUUCCGGAGAAAGGACCUUCUCUCUCUGUUUGUCCAUGAUGUUCUCCUGUAACUUCUUCUGGAUGUCCUCCAUCUCUUGGUCCACUUCUUCCAAAUUUCGCCCUCAUCAUCCUCUGUAGGCUAUGUCUGUGUCAAGACAAGGCACCCGGACCGGACUGAGGACGAACCCCUUCUGGUUUCAGAAGUGAUCAAUAAGUGAUGGGCGGCAUCAGAGGAGGUCCCGUGAAAAUGGAGAAGAUGUUAAUUGAGCUGAUGGUGCUAGUGGGAGUCAUUGGUUUGAGUUACGGUGCCGUUCAGAGACCUGACUAUGAUGACACGCCCAACCCGGAGUUCCUCAACCCGUCCUGGAUGGACAGCAUCCCCGAUGAUCAGCCGCUGUCCGAGAUCACCAUGCCUGGGACCCACAACGCCAUGGCCCUGUACGGCGGUGUGUAUGCUGAGUGUCAGACCUGGAGCCUGGCCUCCCAGCUCCGAGCCGGCGUCCGCUUCCUAGACGUCCGUGUCCGUCACGCCAAAGGGAACCUCACCAUCCAUCACGGGGUGUCCUAUCAACGGGCGCACUUCGGCCACGUGCUGGAGGGCGUGGCUGACUUCCUUCGAGAGUAUCCCAGUGAGACAGUGCUGAUGCGUGUGAGGGAGGAGUUGAGUGACACGAAUGACAUCUACGGUGCUGUGGUAGACUACAUCCAUCGCUACGCUAACUGGGACCUGCUGUGGCACAGCCGGCUUGUGCCGACCAUGGGAGAGGCUCGAGGGAAACUCAUCGUCCUGCAAGACUUUUCUGGGCCAGACUUGGGGAUGCGCUAUGGUUCCCUGGACAUAGCCGAUAACUGGAAGGUACCCACACUCAUACAUGUGGAGGAGAAAUGGCAGAGCGUCUAUGAGCACCUGGAGGCUGCACCUGCAGGAAACAAGGACCAGAUUUUUCUCACCUACAGCAGUGGAGCUGGUUUGUUCGCGUACCCCAGAGCCGUCGCUCAGCGCGUCAAUCCACAAUUGUACGACUACCUGAGGGCCAAGACGGACCUGAACCAGCGCCUUGGAAUCAUAUGCAUGGACUUCCCUGCUGCUCCUGUUAUUCAAAUGAUCAUUGACUUCCAACUGAGAGAGGGCAUAAAGAGAAAACAGGCCGUUAACGCGGUACCUAGCAAGGCAAGUUUGAAAAAUACAGUUUCUUCACUGAGAAAGAAGAUGAUCAAACAUUUUAAUGUUAAUGUCUGAGCCAAAAUCAAGCUCGAGGGAACAGUAGACUGGUCAAUGACUGUACGAUCGAUGAGGCAUCAAAUACUACUUGGUAUUAUACUGCUUGGAUUCAAUAGUUUGGUGUAACUUUACUACUUUACUGUAACAAAUAUGAUCUAAAUUAUACCUCAGAUGAAACUUCUCAUUGUGUUAUUUCACCAAAGAUACUGGGAACAAAAUAAAUGCAACAUACAAAAUGAAUCAUAAAUGGUCAGCCUGUGAAGUUUUGUGCAGUAAUAAACUGCAGUGAAAAGUG